UAUUUCUGGUAUAUAAAAGGCGGAUGAAUUCGUUUGUCAUUUCCUUUUAUGAAUUUGGGAGAUUUUUCGCGAGAAAACUAGAGAAGAAAAUCUUGCUCGCUGGGGGAAAUAAUUAAUAUAUCAUCUGAAAUUUUCUUACACUUUCUUUUCCUGCAAUCUUCUCCGACUACCUGAACUCUUCGUCACCAUGACUACAUCAAGGCGCCUUGCAGAGAGGAAGGUGGAGAAAUUCCAGAAGAACAUAACAAAGAGAGGAGCUGUGCCCGAAAUGACCACAAAAAAAGGGAAGGACUAUCCUGUGGGACCUGUACUGCUUGGGUUCAUCGUGUUCGUCGUCAUUGGAUCAUCUCUCUUCCAGAUUAUCAGGACUGCAACCAGCGGAGGCUUUGCAUAAGCCUGCAUAAACCCGUUUUAGGAAAUUGCAGAGGAAACUCUCUCUCCAUGGUUUUUUCUUUUCAAUUUGGUUAUGUAGGAAACAUUUGAUACAUUUAGAAUUUGAAUAAGACCUCACGUUCUUGUCUCUGUUA